GGACCUACAGCUAUGGGAGGGACACAAAUGCAAAGACACGGGCUACUUCCUCCUACAAAGUCAUGUGUUACCAUACUCCAGGAAGUGGCUAGAUAAAGAGAUCCGAAUGCGUUCACCAUCUAGAUAGAUUGUUCUUUUAGUUUAUAGGAUAUAAGAAAUGAUUGAAAAUCCUAAAGUACUCACGCUGAGAAUAUAGUAUACUGCUGAUCCCCCAGGGAUCAAGAAGUCCCUAAAGAUAUGUAAUGAUAUAUGAUGGUAUUUUGUAUAAUUAAUUUGAAUCUGCAAAUGAGUAAGUAGGCUACAGUUGUUAUACUGUAGUAGAGUAACAGGUACAAUCUUUUCCUCUGAAAUGUAGUGGAACAAAAGUAUAAAGUAUCAUAAAUGGAGAUAAUUAAAUGACAAGUUAAAACUCUUCCUAAGUACAUGCUACCAUUAUGAAAAAGGAUCAUGGAUAUUCCCCAGAAUUUGUUGUUUGUCCUACCAGCACUCAAAACCCGAGUAUAUGUUCAUAAAAAACUAGCACAUAUUCACAUCUGAGACACUGUUGCCGUGGAGAUUUUAUUAAUAAACUAUCACUUCACCUUUAUAGUAGGUACUGUUUGGCUUCGAACCAUCAAAGGCAAAUAAUAAAAACGGUUGGUAUGGGCCAAACAGCAAAACUUUGCCCCGGGACCCUCCGAGGUUUUAAUCGGACACUACUCUCCUGAUCCUAUAUAUAAUCCAACAGGACUCCAGUCGCUGCUUGCGUUGUCGCGCUUCAAGUCAAAAUGGGCGUGUUUGGCAACUGUACCGACAAAUACUUGAUUGACAAUUCAAAUUCACAACCCGGGUCACUCGCCCCACCCUUCUACACGAAUUGACCAAUAGGGUUUGUACGUGGGGCGGGCUUAUAUCGAAACCACGCCUCCCCUACGGCUAACCGAACGGAGAUUGUUUUCCUCUGUUGGGAAGAUUUUCAUUUCGUAGCACAUACCUUGAAUUGUUUAUUUUAAAUUAUACGCCAUUGUUAAGUUGCUUUUCAUCAAUACGUCGUUUCGGCAUCUUCUUCAGUCUGUGGUGUAGCGAUUAAUACGCAAAUAAACGGAAUACCAAAGCAGCAUCGGCGAACUUCAGCUUGCUAUUUAGGAGAGGGGUCUCUCACGAGUAUGAGUUCAUAAUGAAGCGGCGACUGGAGGAUCAGGAAGUUUUUGCAUCCCAGCAGCGACGUCUCGCUGCUAGCGCGGAGGCUUUCCAGCAUCGUGUCCUGGCCCCAGCUCCGGCCCCAGCUGUGUACGAGGCUGUGUCUGACAACAUGCAGCCCACAGCAGGCGUCCAGUACUCUGUCCCACAGGGAUACCAGGUUCCCACUGUGGCCCAGAACAGCGGAGGGCAUGGGCACGCUCCAAGCCCUGCUGUCCAUGGGGGGUCCCACCACCACAGCCCAGCGGUCCAAUCCCAUGGGCCCUCAGUGAUGUCAGGACACAGCCACACAGCUGCCCCUCAAGCCUCGGUGCAGGGCCAGCAGCAGUUCCAGCGGCUCAAGGUGGAAGAUGCUUUGUCUUACUUGGACCAAGUGAAACUGCAGUUUGGCAACCAGCCUCAGGUCUACAACGACUUUCUGGAUAUAAUGAAAGAGUUCAAGUCUCAAAGUAUUGACACUCCUGGUGUCAUCAGCAGAGUGUCACAGCUUUUCAAAGGUCACCCUGAUCUCAUCAUGGGAUUCAACACUUUCCUGCCACCGGGCUACAAGAUUGAGGUCCAGACCAAUGACCUGGUCAACGUGACCACACCCGGUCAGAUCCACCACAUCACCCCACAUGGCAUUUCAGUUCAAAACAUCCCCAUAACAGGAGCAGCUACUCAACACCAAGCUCCACUGCCAUCUGCUGCAGCCACCACUGCGCCACCCCUUCUAACACAGCCCACCCCUCCCAAGAUGAGCAAGCCUCUUCAGCCACAGGCUUUGACACCAAGCAGCCAGAGCAAUCCGUCCAUCCCUGCAUACACCUCUCCCCGCUCCCCUCCCAUGCAACUCCACACGCCACUCAGUGGGACCCCCACCGGUCCACCCAUGCAGAACAACCAGCCUGUGGAGUUCAACCACGCCAUCAACUACGUCAACAAGAUUAAGAAUCGCUUUCAGGGCCAGCCUGACAUCUACAAAGCCUUCCUGGAGAUCCUCCACACAUACCAAAAGGAGCAGCGUAACGCAAAGGAGGCUGGAGGGAACUACACACCGGCUCUGACAGAGCAGGAGGUGUACGCUCAGGUGGCCAGACUGUUCAAGAACCAAGAGGACCUACUGUCAGAGUUUGGGCAGUUUCUUCCUGAUGCCAACAGUUCAGUGCUGCUAAAUAGGACCACAGCGGAGAAGGCGGAGUCUGUACAGAACGACCACGGUGGUACCACCAAAAAGCUGCAGCUCAACAACAAGCAGCGGCCCAAUCAGAACGGCUGUCAGAUCCGUCGACAUCCAACCCCAGGGACCACACCACCUGUGAAGAAGAAGCCCAAGUUGCUGAAUUUGAAAGAUUCCUCAGUGGCAGAAGCCAAGCAUGGAGUUGGCACAGAAUCUCUGUUCUUUGAGAAGGUUCGCAAAGCCUUGCGAAGUGCAGAGGCCUACGACAACUUCUUGCGGUGUCUGGUCAUUUUUAAUCAGGAGGUGAUCUCCAGGGCUGAACUGGUUCAACUCGUGCUGCCCUUUUUAGGAAAAUUUCCUGAGCUGUUCAACUGGUUUAAAAACUUCCUGGGUUAUCGGGAAAUGUCCCACAUUGAAACAUACCCAAAGGAGCGGGCCACUGAGGGUAUCGCCAUGGAGAUCGAUUAUGCUUCCUGUAAGAGACUAGGCUCCAGUUACAGAGCCCUGCCCAAAAGCUACCAGCAGCCCAAGUGCACCGGCAGAACUCCACUUUGUAAAGAGGUUUUAAAUGACACCUGGGUCUCCUUCCCCUCUUGGUCUGAGGACUCUACGUUUGUCAGCUCCAAGAAGACUCAGUAUGAGGAGCAUAUCUACAGAUGUGAGGACGAACGCUUUGAGUUGGAUGUAGUACUGGAAACCAAUCUGGCCACCAUCAGAGUCCUGGAAACAGUACAGCGGAAGUUGUCCCGCAUGUCUGCCGAGGAGCAGGCGAAGUUCCGCUUGGACAACACCCUGGGUGGCUCAUCAGAGGUCGUGCACCGCAAGGCCAUCCAAAGGAUAUACGGAGACAAAGCACCCGACAUCAUUGACGGACUGAAGAAGAACCCAGCGGUGUCUGUCCCCAUUGUGCUGAAGAGGCUAAAGACAAAGGAGGAAGAAUGGCGGGAAGCCCAACGAGGCUUCAACAAGAUCUGGAGGGAGCAGAAUGAGAAGUAUUACCUCAAGUCUCUCGACCAUCAAGGCAUCAACUUCAAACAGAAUGACACCAAAGUGCUUCGAUCCAAGUCCUUACUGAAUGAAAUUGAAAGCAUCUAUGAUGAGCGUCAGGAACAGGCUUCUGAGGAGAACGCCACCCCACCCACAGGCCCCCACUUGACGAUGGCGUAUGAGGACAGUCAGAUUCUGGAAGACGCAGCAGCACUUAUCAUUCACCAUGUCAAGCGGCAGACCAGUAUUCCGAAGGAGGACAAAUACAAGAUCAAACAGAUCAUCUACCACUUCAUCCCUGACAUGCUGUUCUCUCAGCGGGGCGAGCUCUCUGACAUAGAAGAGGAGGAGGAAGAAGAGGAGAUGGAUUUGGAGGAAGGCGCUUCCAAAAAGCACAAUGGCGUCCCUGGCAGCAGGAGCCCCUCCAAGUCCAAGCUUCUGUUCAGCAACACGGCAGCGCAGAAGCUGCGUGGCUGCGAUGACGCCUAUAACCUCUUCUAUGUCAACAACAACUGGUACAUCUUCCUGCGACUGCACCAGACGUUGUGCUUGCGCCUGCUGCGGCUGUACGGGCAGACAGAGCGGCAGAUUGAAGAGGAGGUGAGGGAACGAGACUGGGAGAGGGAAGUCCUGGGACUCAAGAAGGACAAGAACGACAAUCCGGCCAUCCAGUUGAGACUGAAGGAGCCCAUGGACAUUGAGGUGGAAGAUUACUACUCAGCCUUCUUGGAGAUGGUCAAGAAUUUACUGGAUGGAAAUAUGGAGGCUUCUCAGUACGAGGACUCACUGAGGGAAAUGUUCACCAUCCAUGCUUACAUUGCCUUCACAAUGGACAAACUCAUCCAAAGCAUCGUCCGGCAGCUCCAGCACAUUGUGAGUGAUGAGAUCUGCGUCCAGGUAACAGACCUUUACCUGGCAGAGAGUGCUAACGGGGCCAGCGGAGGAUCCAUGUCCACCCAGUCUUCACGGAGCUCUGCGGAGGCCAUCUACCAGCGAAAAGCAGAGCAGCUCAUGUCUGAUGAGAAUUGCUUCAAGGUGAUGUUUUCACGAAACAGAGGGCAAGUGCAGCUCACAAUGGAGCUGCUCGACACUGAGGAGGAGAACUUAGACGAGCCCAUGGAGGCUGAGCGUUGGUCUGAUUACGUUGGACGCUACUUAAACCCAGAUUCCAUCACACCUGAGUUGAGGGAGCACCUCGCUCAGAAGCCAGUUUUCCUUCCCAGGAAUCUGAGACGGAUCAGGAAGUACCAGAAGGGCCGAGAGCAGCUGGACAAGGAGGCCUGCGAGGGCGGCAAGAAAUCCCUAGAAAAAGAGAAGAUGGAGUGCAUGUUCAAGCUUAACUCUUACAAGAUGGUCUACGUCUUUAAGUCUGAGGACUACAUGUACCGACGCACUGCCCUGCUGCGAGCUCACCAGUCACAUGAGAGGGUGAGCACACGGCUGCAUAAACGCUUCGAGGCCUGGGUGGAGGCGUGGGUCAAGGAGCACGUUACCCGUGACAUGAGCACUGAAACCAAUAAGUGGCUGAUGGGUGAAGGGCAUGAAGGCUUAUUACCCUGCACCACCACUCGCCAGCCAGAGGUCAUUCACUUCAUGAACAUCAACAAGUACCGCGUCAAAUAUGGCACACCCAGCAAGGCACCGUAGCCGAGAGGAUUAGAGAGACUGAUUUCUGGGGGUGUUUGGUCUCAAGGUAAACAGGUCAGGAGUAGAGGUAGGGAUAAGGCUUAUUAAUGUGUUUUUAAGGCAAAUGUAGGAGCACAAUGAAGCUAGCUACCGUGUAUGUUGCACCCAGGGCGGCAGGAUUGCUGAUUUUACCAGCGUUUUUAGCUGGGCCCAUUUUUCACAGGGCCUUUGGUGCCAAAACUUAGGAAUGGUCAUGUUCCAGUCGCAGACCUGAGCUCCAACCAGCACUCAGAGCCACGUCUCAAACUUCCCUGGGCCUUUUUGACAGGGCUUAGCAACAUGAGCGGCGAGCCUGUGAGAGAUAGAGUGGUGCUUUUUGUACUUUAUCACAACUGAGCUUGAGUUUAGCUUUUGACUGACUGUUUUGUCUGAAACCAUCAGAGAAAGAGCUCCAUCAAAAUCAAUCAUACAGAGAUUUAUUUAUGAUAGUGUUAUUCUAAAGUAUCUGUGGAUAACAAUAAGGGGGUCAAGUGCACUUAUUUAGUAAGAGGAAAAUGUCAUUUCAGAUAGUUUUGUUGCCAGAUUGAAGGUUCAGGAGCUCAGUAAGGAGAGAUCUGGAUCAGACGUUCCUGUGUUAAGGCCAAAUCACAAUUAUGUACCUAUCACUAUAUGGAAAAAGAGGGUUAUAUUUCCUUUUCCAAAACACAUGGCAGCAUUAUUAGAAACUGUGCCUGAGCUCCAAACAGUGUUGUUGGGUUAACAUUGAAAAGCAUUGUUACAUCAAACGUUAAAAAAAACCGUCUCACAGCACUGUUUGGUCUCAGACUGUAAAAUUGUAUAGCUUGUGAAUGUCAGAUACUGACAUGUAUUCCAGUGUAUGUGUUGUGUAUAUAUAUAUUAUAUAUAGUUCUAUUAACACAAAUGAUCCUCGCCGCCCUGGACGUCAACCUUUUUAAAAUGCUCUUUGCCAAUACACCAGCUUGUACACCCACGAACACACACACUCACACGUCUCAUUCUGGGAGGCCUGUCCACAUGCCACCUUGUAAAUACACUGUAUAUAGCCUCAGACUUUUUAUGACAGAUCUGUGUUGUUGUGCUAGUGAUACUUUCCAAGCUUACUGUGGACUUUAGUGAUAAAUGGCUAAAGUUAGUAUGUAUAUGAAAAAGACAAAUGCAAGACCAUUUAUUACAGUUUUUACCAAAGGGAGUUGAUUAUAAAAAUAGCUGUGUUCCCCCCUUUGUGUGUUCCUUUAUGUCUUUUCUUUUCAUUUCUGUAGUAAAAUCAUGGAAAAGUAGAAAUGUAUCCAGGUCUUUUGGUUUUUAUAUAUAAAAAACUUUUUUUUUUUUCCUUCUGAAUGUGACAUUUGGUUGUUAAAAAUCACUGCCGCAUUUUGACAACCGACACCGUCCGUGGUGAUGGCGGGACUCAAUUCACAGUUCAGAUUUCAGAUGAAUGGACUCCACCAUGGUCUCACCUUGUGAUGCACGCUUCCCUCCCUGGAUAGAUUUCUGCUCCAGACAUCACCCCACACCAUAUUUUUGAUAAUGGAGAAGUCAUACGAGCAUGUCUUUAGUCCCUUUAUUUAGACAUUAUUUAAAGUAAUAAUAAAAACAACAUUUGUAGCCUACAGAGCCCUUUGUGGGGUUGU